AUGUUUACUUUGCCAAUUCGCAAUUACAGGAAAGUUUUCCCGGCUAUAGUAAAACGCAUUCACUAUUUUAUGGUACUUUUAUCAAUCGCAGAACAGAUUUCUGCAAUUAGUUCACUUUUGGCUUCCGCCAUCUGUCACCUCAAGAACAUCAGAGAGGAUAAAGUGCUCUUGAGAAAGUUCGAGCAGUUGGUAUUCCUCCGCAAAACUAUCGAAGAAUAUUUCGGUCUUCAAAUCCUAGCCAUGAUUGCGACAUUAUUCGUUUCACUUUUAACCCUAGCCUUUUGGACGGCUACAAUGAUGAUCAAUAUGGUUAA